AGCACAGCCAGCCUCGGCACACAGACGCUGUACGAGCCUCACCGUGUGAACACUAACCAUGGCUGAAGGAGGAGAAGGCGAGGAUGAAAUCCAGUUCUUGCGUACUGAUGAUGAAGUGGUCUUACAAUGCUCAGCUACAAUCCACAAGGAGCAACAAAAACUUUGUCUUGCUGCUGAAGGCUUUGGGAACAGACUCUGCUUCCUCGAGUCCAUUUCAAACUCCAAGAAUGUACCUCCAGAUCUGUCAAUCUGCACUUUUGUGCUGGAGCAGUCGCUGUCUGUACGAGCCCUGCAGGAGAUGCUGGCCAACACCCAAGAGAAGGCGGAUGGGAUGGCCCAGGGAGGAGGUCAUAGGACUCUACUGUAUGGACACGCUGUGCUCCUGCGACACUCCUACAGUGGAAUGUACCUGUGCUGCCUGUCCACCUCGCGUUCAUCCACAGACAAACUGGCUUUUGACGUGGGGCUGCAGGAGGAUACCACAGGCGAGGCGUGCUGGUGGACCAUCCAUCCAGCAUCAAAGCAACGCUCAGAGGGAGAAAAGGUUAGAGUGGGAGAUGAUCUCAUCCUGGUCAGCGUCUCCUCUGAAAGAUAUCUGCACCUGUCCUAUGGUAAUGGCAGUCUCCAUGUCGAUGCAGCCUUCCAGCAGACACUGUGGAGUGUAGCUCCCAUCUGUUCUGGGAGUGAAGUAGCACAAGGCUUCCUUAUUGGAGGAGAUGUUCUGCGCCUACUUCACGGUCACAUGGACGAGUGCCUAACAGUUCCUUCUGGGGAGCAUGGAGACGAGCAAAGGCGGACAGUGCAUUACGAAGGCGGAGCAGUGUCCUGUCAUGCCAGGUCACUGUGGAGGCUGGAGACACUGCGAGUCGUGUGGAGUGGGAGUCAUAUCCGUUGGGGUCAGCCAUUCAGACUGAGACAUGUGACCACAGGGAAGUAUCUGAGCAUGGUAGAAGACAAGUCUCUGUUGCUGAUGGACAAAGAGAAAGCUGAUGUCAAGUCUACAGCCUUCUGCUUCAGGUCUUCUAAGGAAAAGCUGGACCUGGGUGUGAGGAAGGACGUGGAUGGGAUGGGGACUCCUGACAUAAAGUAUGGUGACUCUGUGUGUUACAUUCAACAUGUUGACACCUGUCUGUGGCUUACUUACCAGACUGUUGAUGCCAAGUGUGCACGCAUGGGUGGAGUACAGAGAAAGGCAAUCAUGCACCAUGAGGGGCACAUGGACGAUGGGCUGACACUAUCGCGAUCACAGCACGAAGAGAGCCGCACUGCAAGGGUCAUCCGCAGUACUGUCUUCCUGUUCAACUGCUUCAUCAGGGGUCUGGACAUACUAAGAAAGAAAGGAAGGAGCUUUACUUUGGAUCUGCCAAUAGACUCAGUUAGCCUGAGCCUCCAGGAUCUAAUUGGUUAUUUCCAACCGCCUGGAGAUCACCUAGAACAUGAAGACAAGCAGAACCGACUGCGAGCUCUGAAGAACCGUCAGAACCUCUUUCAGGAAGAGGGGAUGAUCAGCCUGGUCCUGGAGUGCAUUGAUCGGCUUCAUGUCUACAGUAGUGCAGCUCAUUUUGCAGAGGCAGUUGGAAAGGAGGCUGGAGAGGCCUGGAGCGCCAUUCUCAACUCCCUCUACCAGCUACUGGCUGCACUCAUCAGAGGGAACAGGAAGAACUGUGCCCAGUUCUCUGGUUCACUGGACUGGCUCAUUAGCAGACUGGAGCGACUGGAGGCUUGCUCUGGUAUAUUGGAGGUGCUUCACUGUGUACUGGUGGAGAGUCCUGAAGCACUUAACAUAAUCAAAGAGGAACAUAUCAAGUCUAUCAUAUCUCUGUUGGACAAACAUGGUCGGAACCACAAGGUUCUAGACGUGCUGUGUUCACUGUGUGUGUGUCAUGGCGUGGCAGUGCGCUCUAACCAGCACCUGAUCUGUGACAACCUGCUGCCAGGAAGAGAUUUAUUACUGCAGACCCGCCUGAUCAACCACAUAAGCAGUAUGCGUCCCAACAUCUUUUUGGGCAUCAGUGAGGGCUCUGCCCAGUACAGGAAGUGGUACUACGAGCUGAUUGUGGAUCAGGUUUUGCCAUUUGUCACAGCAGAGGCCACUCACCUCAGGGUUGGUUGGGGCAACACCAAUGGCUAUGCACCGUACCCCAGUGGAGGAGAGGGGUGGGGAGGCAACGGGGUGGGUGAUGACCUCUAUUCCUAUGGCUUUGAUGGACUCCAUCUUUGGUCAGGCUGCAUUGCGCGGACUGUCAGCUCACCCAAUCAGCAUCUCCUUCGAUCAGAGGAUGUAGUGAGCUGCUGCCUGGACCUCAGUGUGCCCAGUAUCUCCUUCAGAAUCAAUGGCCAGCCAGUUCAGGGCAUGUUUGAGAACUUCAACUCUGAUGGCCUUUUCUUCCCAGUGGCGAGCUUCUCUGCUGGGGUCAAGGUGCGAUUCCUCCUCGGUGGGCGUCAUGGGGAGUUUAAGUUCCUCCCUCCUCCUGGUUAUGCCCCUUGCUAUGAAGCAGUGUUGCCCAGGGAGAAACUGAAACUGGAGGCUAGUCAGGAUCAGACUGCCACCAGAGACCUGCUGGGACCCACUGUCACUUUGAGCCAGGCAGCAUUCACCCCGAUACCUGUAGACACCAGCCAGAUUAUUUUGCCACCUCACUUGGAAAGGAUCAGAGAAAAACUAGCAGAAAACAUCCAUGAACUCUGGGUGAUGAACAAGAUAGAAUUAGGCUGGAUCUAUGGUGCAGUGCGGGAUGAUAAUAAGCGGCAGCACCCAUGUCUGGUGGAGUUCUCCAAGCUUCCUGAACAGGAACGAAGCUACAAUCUACAGAUGUCUCUGGAAACUCUCAAAACUCUCCUGGCUCUGGGUUGCCAUGUUGGCCUAGCAGAUGAACACGCUGUAGAGAAAGUCAAGAACAUGAAACUUUCAUCAACUUAUGAGUUAUCCAGUGGUUAUAAACCUGCUCCUCUGGAUCUGAGUCACAUCAAAUUGACCUCCACCCAGGAAGCUAUGGUGGACAAGCUAGCUGAGAAUGCACACAAUGUUUGGGCAAGAGAUCGCAUCCGCCAGGGCUGGACCUAUGGCAUACAACAGGAUGUAAAGAGCCGUAGAAACCCUCGUCUGGUCCCCUACACUCUGCUGGAUGAGAGAACCAAAAAGUCCAACAAAGACAGUCUGAGAGAGGCUGUCAGGACUCUCCUGGGAUAUGGAUACAAUCUUGAAGCUCCUGACCAAGACCACGCAGCUGAAUCUGGCCUGAGUAACGUGUCGGCUGAGAGGUUCCGCAUUUUCAGAGCAGAAAAAACAUACUGUGUUAAUAGUGGGAAGUGGUACUUUGAGCUGGAGGUUCUAACAGCUGGAGAGAUGAGGGUCGGCUGGGCCAGGCCAGGAUGUCUACCAGACCAGGAGCUGGGCUCUGAUGAUCAGGCAUUUGUCUUUGAUGGCUUCAAGGUGCAGCGCUGGCACCAGGGGAAUGAACACUUCGGCCGAGCCUGGCAGAUAGGAGAUGUGGUGGGCUGCAUGGUGGAUCUGAAUGAGCACACCAUGAUGUUCACACUCAAUGGAGAAGUGCUGCUGGAUGAUUCUGGAUCAGAGCUGGCCUUCAAGGACUUUGAAGUCGGUGAAGGUUUUAUACCAGUUUGCAGUCUGGGUGUUUGUCAGGCUGGGAGAAUGAACUUUGGUAAAGAUGUCAGCACUUUAAAGUACUUCACCAUUUGUGGCCUACAAGAAGGCUAUGAGCCUUUUGCUGUUAACAUGAACCGGGAUGUCACCAUGUGGCUUAGCAAGAGGCUCCCUCAGUUUGUACCAGUACCCCUCCACCACCAACACAUCGAGGUGACGAGGAUAGACGAGACAAUAGAGUCGUGUCCAUGCCUGAAGGUCACUCAGAAGUCCUUCGGCUCACAGAACAGCUACACCGACAUUACCUUCUACAGACUUAGCAUGCCCAUAGAAUGUGCCGAAACCAGGUGCCCACCAAACGGCAGCCUCUUCUCACCAAAGAGGGAGUUGGAGGACUUUGAAAGUGUGUCAGACUUUGAGGUCCUGAUGAAGUCAUCUCACAGUCAUAAUGGUCCCAAUGGACCCGACAGAGAUGAAUUCAACAACCACAAAGAUUAUAACCAGGAGAAGCCCUCCAAGCUCAAACAGCGGUUGACGCUGAAGAGAAACAAGCCAGACAACAGCUGUCCCUCAUCUGCUCGUGUAUCGGAGGAGGUGAUGGCUGAUGACAGAGUUAGCUCUGAUUUCCUCAUGCAAGCCUCCACUUACUACUAUUCAGUGCGGAUCUUCCCAGGUCAGGAGCCCAGCAGUGUUUGGGUAGGCUGGGUGACUUCUGACUUCCAUCAGUACGACCCGUGCUUUGAGCUGCACAAGGUCCGGACUGUCACGGUUACCCUGGGAGAUGAAAAGGGCAAAGUUCAUGAGAGCAUAAAACGCAGCAACUGUUACAUGGUGUGGGGUGGAGAAAGCAGCAGCCCCAGUCAGGGGAGGAACAACGGCUUAGAGAUUGGAUGUCUGGUUGACACUACAAACGGUCUGCUGACAUUCACAGCCAAUGGCAAAGAACUCAGCACAUACUACCAGGUGGAACCCAGUACUAAGCUGUUCCCUGCAGUCUUUGCAAAGGCCACAAGUCCUAAUGUCUUCCAGUUUGAACUGGGUCGUAUUAAGAAUGUGAUGCCUCUAUCAGCUGGUCUGUUUAAGAGUGAGAAGAAGAACCCAGUUUCCCAGUGUCCUCCACGGCUGCACGUACAGUUUCUUACUCCUGUUUUAUGGAGUCGUGUUUCCAACCACUUCCUUAAGGUCUCAGUAUCCAGAGCAAAUGAUCGACAUGGCUGGCUGGUGCAGUGUAACAAACCUCUGCAGUUCAUGUCUCUGCACAUACCUGAGGAGAACAGGUCGUUGGAUAUCCUGGAACUGUCAGAGCAGAAGGACUUAUUAAAAUUUCACUACCAUACCCUCAGACUGUACUCUGCCAUCUGUGCUCUGGGAAACAACCGAGUAGCUCAUGCCCUCUGCUCCCACGUGGAUGAGGCACAGCUCCUUUACGCUAUAGAGAAUAAAUAUAUGCCAGGUCUUCUUCGUGCUGGCUACUAUGACCUCCUCAUCGACAUCCACCUGAGCAGCUAUGCUACAGCUCGCCUCAUGAUGAACAACGAGUACAUUGUUCCCAUGACGAAUGACACAAAGAGCAUCACUCUGUUUCCAAAUGAAAAGAAGAAACAUGGCCUGCCAGGCAUUGGACUCAGCACCUCUUUGAGACCCAGAAUGCACUUCACAUCCCCAAAUUUUGUUUCCAGGCCCGGACCAUCGUGCUUUAACAACGGCAACAGUGGAUCAGGAGAUUGUUUCCAGUACAGCCCUGAAUUCCCCUUAGGUAUACUGAAAGUUAAAACCAUUGAGAUGUUGACAGAGGCAGUACGGGAGGGAAGCAUGCACGUACGGGACCCAGUAGGAGGAAGCACCGAGUUUCUAUUUGUUCCACUCAUCAAGCUGUUAUAUACUAUGCUCAUCAUGGGCGUUUUCCAAAACGGAGAUCUGAAGAAUAUCCUCCGACUGAUUGAACCUUCUGUGUUCUGUGAACGACGCAAUGAGCAGGAUGCACUUUGCAUGGAGUUGGAGGUGCUAAAGAAGGGUGAAGCCGAAGGAGGAGGAAAGGAGGGAGUGCUGAAUGUCCCCAAAGAAGGACUGUUAGAGAUGAAGCUGCCAGAGCCUGUAAAACUCCAGAUGUGUCAUGUGCUGCAGUACCUGUGUGACUGUCAGGUGCGCCAUCGUAUUGAGGCAGUGGUGGCCUUCUCUGAUGACUUUGUGGCUUGUCUCCAAGAAAACCAACGAUUUCGUUACAAUGAGGUGAUGCUGGCACUCAACAUGUCUGCAGCCCUUACUGCCAAGAAGACCAAAGAGUUCAGAUCUCCCCCACAGGAACAGAUCAACAUGCUGUUAAACUUUAAGGAUGAGAAGCAGGAGUGUCCCUGUCCUGAAUACAUCCGAGAACAGCUGCUAGACUUCCAUGAAGAUCUGAUGAGGCACUGUGGUAUAGAGUUGGACGAGGAGAGAGGCAUAAACUGUGACAGUGACUUCACCAUACGAGGCCGACUCAUGUCACUGGUGGAGAAAGUGGCUUAUCUAAAGAAGAAGAUGGCCAACCUGCCAAAGGAAAAAAAAGACAGGACACCAAGUACCUUACAGCAGCUCAUUUCCGAUACGAUGGUGCGCUGGGCUCAGGAGUCAGUUAUAGAAGAUCCAGAGCUGGUCAGAGCUAUGUUUGUCCUACUUCACCGCCAGUAUGAUGGCAUUGGUGGACAGGUGCGGGCUCUUCCUAAAACCUACACUAUAAACUCAGUAUCAAUCGAGGACACCAUCAACCUGUUAGCGGCUCUCGGUCAGAUCAGAUCUCUGCUGAGUGUGCGCAUGGGAAGAGAGGAGGAGAAACUGAUGAUCAGAGGGUUGGGAGAUAUCAUGAACAACAAAGUGUUUUACCAACAUCCUAACCUGAUGAGAGCGUUGGGAAUGCACGAGACUGUUAUGGAGGUCAUGGUCAAUGUGCUCAGUGGAGGAGACUCCAAGGAAAUCACCUUUCCAAAAAUGGUGGCCAACUGUUGUCGUUUUCUAUGUUACUUCUGUCGAAUCAGCCGUCAGAACCAGAAAGCCAUGUUUGACCAUCUGAGUUAUCUGCUGGAGAACAGCAGUGUUGGCCUGGCAUCUCCAUCUAUGCGAGGAUCCACUCCUCUGGAUGUGGCUGCAGCAUCAGUCAUGGAUAAUAAUGAGCUUGCCCUUGCUUUAAGAGAGCCAGACCUGGAGAAGGUGGUGCAAUAUCUAGCUGGGUGUGGGCUGCAGAGCUGUGUGAUGCUGGUCUGUAAGGGAUACCCUGACAUUGGCUGGAACCCUGUGGAGGGGGAACGAUACCUUGACUUCCUGCGCUUUGCUGUCUUCUGCAAUGGUGAAAGUGUGGAGGAGAAUGCCAAUGUUGUGGUAAGGCUCCUUAUUCGUCGACCAGAAUGUUUUGGCCCGGCGCUUCGAGGUGAAGGUGGUGAUGGGUUAUUGGCAGCAAUGGAGGAGGCCAUUAAGAUCUCUCAGGAUCCCUCCAGAGAUGGUCCGUCUCCUAUGUCUGAGAGCAGCAAGGCACUCAGUGACAUGCCAGGGGAAGAGGAAGAUGAUACUAUUCACAUGGGAAAUGCCAUCAUGACCUUCUACUCUGCUCUCAUUGACCUGCUGGGCCGCUGUGCUCCAGAGAUGCAUCUGAUCCAUGCUGGUAAAGGUGAAGCUAUCCGUAUCAGAGCGAUUUUGAGGUCUCUCAUUCCUAUUGAAGACUUGGUGGGAGUCAUCAGUAUUCCAUUCUCUAUGCCUAACCUGGCUAAAGAUGGGUUGGUUGUGGAGCCAGACAUGUCAGCAGGUUUCUGCCCAGACCACAAAGCAGCCAUGGUGCUGUUCCUGGACCGUGUCUAUGGUAUAGAAGACCAGAAUUUUCUUCUCCACCUUCUGGAGGUUGGGUUCUUACCAGACCUGAGGUCUGCUGCCUCUCUGGACACUGUUGCUCUGAGUGCCACAGACAUGGCACUGGCGCUCAACAGGUAUCUGUGUACAGCAGUGCUGCCUCUCCUGACUAAAUGUGCGCCACUGUUUGCGGGGACGGAGCCGUUCGCCUCACUAAUUGACUCCCUGCUUCAUACGGUUUAUCGCCUGUCCAAAGGCUGCUGCCUCACCAAAGCUCAGAGGGACUCCAUAGAGGAGUGUCUGCUUGCUGUUUGUGGUCAGCUAAGGCCUUCAAUGAUGCAGCACCUACUCAGGAGGCUGGUGUUUGAUGUUCCUCUACUUAAUGAGCACACCAAGAUGCCUCUGAAGCUGUUGACCAAUCACUACGAGCGUUGCUGGAAGUACUACUGUUUGGCUGGAGGUUGGGGCAAUUUUGGAGUAGCGUCAGAUGAAGAGCUGCACCUCUCUAGGAAAAUGUUCUGGGGAAUAUUUGAUGCCCUGUCCCACAAGCAGUACGACCAGGAGCUAUUUAAACUGGCGCUGCCAUGUCUUAGUGCUGUGGCUGGAGCUCUUCCUCCAGAGUAUAUGGAGUCCAUCUACAUGGCCAUGAUGGAGAAACAGUCAUCUAUGGACUCAGAAGGAAACUUCACACCACAGCCUGCAGACACCACCAAUGUGACUGUUCCAGAGAAACUGGAUUGUUUUAUAACCAGAUAUGCAGAGCACAUCCAUGAGAAGUGGUGUAUAGAAAAGUUUUCCAAUGGCUGGUCAUAUGGAGACCAGAUGUGUGAAAUCAGCAAGAACCAUCCACUCCUGAAACCAUACAAAAGCCUGUCUGAAAAGGAUAAAGAGACGUACUGCUGGCCCAUCAGAGAGUCUCUGAAGACCAUGCUUUCAUGGGGUUGGAGCAUUGACAGGAUCAGAGAGGGAGACUCUGUCAACCUUCACAACAAGCCCAGAAGGAUAUCACAGGCCAGUCAGCUUUCUUUUGAAGGAGCUUCAGCUUUCAGUCCAAGACCCACUGAUAUGAGUAAUGUGACAUUGUCCAGAGACUUGCAGUCAAUGGCAGAGCUGCUUGCAGAGAAUUAUCAUAAUAUCUGGGCCAGGAAAAAGAAAGUGGAGCUGGAAGCCAGAGGUGGAGGAAACCACCCACUGAUGGUUCCUUACGACACAUUGACUGCCAAAGAAAAAUCCAAAGACAGAGAAAAAGCACAAGAUAUCCUUAAGUUCCUCCAAAUCAAUGGUUACAUUGUGUCCAGAGGUGUGCAGUCACAGGAGCUAGACACUCCUGCCAUAGAGAAACGAUUUGCCUACACCUUUCUCCAGCAGAUCAUCACCUAUGUGGACCAGGCACACCAACACAUGAUGGAGUUUGAUGUGGGAACACGACCAAAGGGAGAGAAGAUUCCUCAUGAGCAGCAGAUCAAGUUCUUUGGAAAGGUCGUCCUGCCGUUGGUGGAUCAGUACUUUAAAAACCACAGGCUGUACUUCUUGUCCACGGCCAUCCAUCCCAUCAGCAGUGGUGGCCAUGCCUCUAACAAGGAGAAGGAAAUGGUGACCAGUCUUUUCUGCAAACUGGGAGUUCUUGUCAGACAUAGGAUAUCCUUGUUUGGGAACAAUGCCACUUCCAUUGUCAACUGUCUGCAGAUACUGGGACAAAGCCUGGAUGCCAGGACAGUGAUGAAGACGGGCCUGGAGUCAGUGAAGGCGGCUUUACGGUCAUACUUCGACAGCGCAGCGAAGGAUCUGGAGAAGACUCAGGAGAACCUGAAGCUCGGUCAGUUCACUCACAGCAGGGACCAACCACGAGGAGCGACUCAGAUCAUCAACUACACCACCUUCGCCCUGCUCCCCGUCCUCUCCUCACUGUUUGAACACAUCGGACAGAACAUGUUUGGAGAAGACCUCAUUUUGGGUGAUGUCCAGGUUUCCUGCUACAGAAUCCUUAACAGCCUCUUCCUUCUGGGAACCAACAAAAGUAUCUAUGUUGAGAGACAACGUCCAGCAAUGGGAAAGUGUUUAGCAGCCUUCGCAGCAGCAUUCCCUGUUGCCUUUCUUGAGCCUCACAUGAACAAGUUUAACAGCUUUUCCAUCUAUAACAGCAAAGGAAGCAAAGACAGAGCAGCUCUAGGCCUUCCUGGGCAGGUUGGGGAGGUUUGUUCACUGAUCCCCAAUUUGGAGAAGUCUUUGGAGGAGAUUGUAGAGCUAGCAGAGUCCGGCAUGAAGUACACGCAGAUGCCUCAUGUUAUGGAGGUGGUCUUGCCGAUGUUGUGCAGCUACAUGUCUCACUGGUGGGAACAUGGACCGGAAAGCGACCCAGACAAAGCCAACAACUGCUGCACCUCUGUGACCUCUGAAUACAUGAAUACUCUGCUGGGAAACAUUCUCAAGAUCAUCUACAACAACCUGGGAAUAGAUGAGGGCGCCUGGAUGAAGAGGCUGGCUGUCUUCUCCCAGCCAAUUAUCAGCAAAGCCAAACCUCAGCUGUUAAAGACCCACUUCUUGCCCUUGAUGGAGAAACUCAAAAAAAAAGCAGCUGUUGUGCUGAUGGAUGAAGAACAUAGCAAGGCAGAGGGGAGGGGUGAGAUGUCAGAGACAGAGCUCCUCAUCAUGGACCAAUUUACUAUCCUGGUCAGAGACCUGUACGCCUUCUACCCUCUCCUCAUACGAUUCGUUGACUACAACAGGGCCAGAUGGCUUAAAGAGUCCAAUCCAGAGGCAGAGGAGCUGUUCCGAAUGGUGGCUGAGGUUUUUAUCUUCUGGGCCAAGUCUCACAACUUCAAGAGAGAAGAGCAGAACUUUGUGGUCCAGAAUGAAAUUAACAACAUGUCCUUCCUCAUCACUGACACCAAGUGCAAGAUGUCAAAGGGAAUAGUUUCAGACCAGGAGAGGAAGAAGAUGAAGAGAAAAGGUGAUCGAUACUCGAUGCAGACAAGUUUGAUUGUUGCUACUCUAAAGCGCCUGCUGCCCGUGGGACUCAACAUUUGUGCUCCAGGAGAACAAGAGCUUAUCGCACUGGCUAAGAACCGCUUCACUCAGAAAGACACAGAGGACGAAGUUCGAGAGGUCAUCAGGAACAACCUACAUUUACAAGGAAAGUCAGAGGACCCAGCAAUUCGUUGGCAGAUGGCUCUGUACAGAGACCUCCCAAACCACUAUGAGGAUACUACUGACCCAGAGAAGACUGUGGAGAGAAUCCUGGAUAUUGGUCAUGUCCUCUUCCACCUGGAGCAGGUGGAGCAUCCUCAGCGCAGUAAGAAGGCUGUGUGGCACAAACUGCUUUCAAAACAGAGGAAGAGAGCUGUGGUCGCUUGCUUCAGGAUGGCACCACUCUAUAACCUGCCAAGGCACCGGGCUGUAAACUUGUUCCUGCAGGGCUACGAAAAGUCCUGGAUCGAGACAGAGGAGCACUACUUUGAAGAUAAACUCAUAGAAGACCUCGCUAAACCAGGUGAACAGGAGCCAUCUGAGGAAGAGGAGGGGCAGAAACACAAACACAUAGAUCCCCUGCAUCAGCUCAUCCAGCUGUUCAGCAGAACAGCCCUAACAGAAAAAUGUAAACUGGAUGAGGAUAAUCUCUACAUGGCCUACGCAGACAUCAUGGCUAAGAGUUGCCAUGAUGAAGAGGAUGACGAUGGAGAAGUGAAGAGUUUUGAAGAAAAAGAGAUGGAGAAGCAGAAGCUGUUGUAUCAGCAGGCUCGGCUGCACGACCGUGGCGCUGCUGAGAUGGUGCUCCAAACCAUCAGUGCUAGCAAAGGUGAGAUGGGUCCCAUGGUGGCAUCUACUCUGAAACUGGGCAUAGCUAUUCUCAAUGGUGGGAACUCAACCGUACAGCAGAAAAUGUUAGAUUAUCUGAAGGACAAGAAGGACGUGGGCUUCUUUCAGAGUCUGGCUGGUCUCAUGCAGUCAUGCAGUGUUCUGGAUCUAAAUGCAUUUGAGAGGCAAAAUAAAGCAGAGGGACUGGGAAUGGUGACAGAGGAAGGAUCAGUCAUCACUCAUGAGCGUGGUGAGAAGGUCAUGCAGGAUGAUGAGUUCACUUGUGACCUUUUCCGCUUCCUGCAGCUGCUCUGUGAAGGACACAACUCAGACUUUCAGAACUACUUGAGGACUCAAACGGGGAACAACACAACUGUUAACAUCAUUAUCUCCACUGUUGACUACCUUCUAAGAGUUCAGGAGUCCAUCAGUGAUUUCUACUGGUAUUAUUCUGGGAAAGAUGUGAUUGAUGAGCAGGGCCAGCGGAAUUUCUCCAAGGCAAUAAAUGUGGCCAAGCAGGUUUUCAAUACCCUCACUGAGUACAUCCAGGGUCCAUGCACCGGCAACCAGCAGAGUUUAGCCCAUAGUCGACUGUGGGAUGCUGUGGUUGGCUUUCUACAUGUUUUUGCUCACAUGCAGAUGAAAUUGUCUCAGGACUCCAGUCAGAUCGAGUUACUGAAGGAACUGAUGGAUCUGCAGAAAGACAUGGUGGUUAUGCUGCUGUCUAUGUUAGAGGGUAAUGUGGUGAAUGGGACCAUUGGAAAGCAGAUGGUGGAUAUGUUGGUUGAGUCCUCCAACAAUGUAGAGAUGAUCCUGAAGUUCUUCGACAUGUUCCUCAAACUGAAGGACCUGACCUCCUCAGAUGGGUUCAAGGAAUAUGACCCUGACGGAAAAGGUGUCAUCUCCAAGAGGGACUUUCAUAAGGCCAUGGAGAGCCAUAAACACUACACCCAGUCAGAGACGGAGUACCUGCUGUCAUGUGCUGAAACUGAUGAGAAUGAACUUCUUGACUAUGAAGAGUUUGUGGAGCGCUUUCAUGAGCCAGCCAAGGACAUUGGCUUCAACGUGGCGGUUUUGCUGACCAACCUGUCAGAGCACAUGCCUCAUGACACCCGGCUGCAGACUUUCCUGGAGUUGGCAGAAAGUGUCCUCAAUUACUUCCAACCAUACCUAGGACGUAUCGAGAUUAUGGGAAGUGCAAAGCGGAUCGAGAGGGUCUACUUUGAGAUCAGCGAGUCCAGUCGUACACAGUGGGAAAAACCUCAGGUAAAGGAAUCCAAGCGUCAGUUCAUCUUUGAUGUGGUGAAUGAAGGAGGGGAGAAAGAGAAGAUGGAGCUGUUUGUGAAUUUCUGUGAGGACACCAUAUUUGAAAUGCAGCUGGCGGCUCAGAUGUCUGACGCUGGUGAGCGCUUGGCGAUAAAAGAGGAGAGCGAGCGUGAGAAGCCAGAUGAGGAGAGCCCCGAUGUGGGGUUCUUUUCUGUCACCACUGUCUACAUGGCACUGCUAGCACUUCGAUAUAACAUCAUGCUGCUAAUAAAGGUACUGUCCAUGAAGAGCUUAAAGAAGCAAAUGAAGAAGAUAAAGAACAUGACUGUGAAGGACAUGGUAACCACCCUGGUCUCCACCUACUGGUCGGUGUUGUUGGGCCUCCUCCAUGUGGCAUUCAAUGUGGCUCGAGGAUUUUGCAGAAUCUUCUACAACACUUUCAUUGGAGAAAACCUGGUGGAGGGGGCCAAGACCAUAAAGGUGUCAGAGCUGUUGGCCAAUAUGCCAGACCCCACUCAGGACGAGGUGCGCGGUGAAGGGGAGAACAGGGAGAAAAGAUCUGAUCACAGCUCCACCGGGGAAGACUUGGCUGACCUGACAGUCAAUACCAGUGAGACAGAGCUGCUGUCAGACAUUUUUGGUCUGGACUUAAGAAGGGAAGGGGGCCAGUACAAAAUCACCCCCCAUAACCCCAACGCCAGCUUUACUGAACUUCUCAACUCCCCGGUUCCCCUUCCAACUCCAUCUACAGCACCCCAACCUGAAGUCAGAUGGAGACAUCAGUCAAAGAGCUCUGCCUCAGAGGAGAUGGAAUCAAAACUAGAGAGUAAAUGUGAACCUCAAAAAACAUCUGAAAGUGAUGAUGUAGAGAAACAAGAGAAACAGUCAAAGAACGAGACAAUGAAACCAAAAAUGAGGAGGCAUCACACCUCAAAGUCUGACGAACCUGAUGUUCAGGAGUCAGCUUUCUUAAAGAAGAUCAUUGCCUACCAGAGGAAACUGCUGAACUACUUCGCCAGAAACUUUUACAACAUGAGGAUGUUGGCUCUGUUUGUUGCCUUUGCAAUAAACUUUAUCCUUCUGUUCUAUAAGGUUUCGACAUCCUCAUCAGUGACUGAGGAGAGGGAAGUUGUGCACACCAGCCAUUCAGAGAGCAGCAUUCAGUGGGAUCCACUAGGUGGGGCAACUGUGGAUGCAAAGGAAGAGGUGAUGGAUCAGACCAGCAUGCCCCAGAAGCCUGUCACCGUUCGUUUUGUCCUGGAAGAGAGCAGUGGCUACAUGGAGCCCAUGUUACGGAUCCUUGCUGUCCUGCACACGGUCAUCUCCUUCUUCUGCAUCAUUGGAUACUACUGUCUUAAGGUGCCACUGGUGAUCUUUAAACGUGAAAAGGAGGUCGCUAGGAAGCUGGAAUUUGAUGGCCUUUAUAUAACAGAGCAGCCAUCAGAAGAUGACAUCAAAGGACAGUGGGACAGACUGGUAAUCAACACCCAAUCUUUCCCCAAUAACUACUGGGAUAAAUUUGUGAAGAGAAAGGUGAUGGAUAAAUAUGGGGAGUUUUAUGGCCAUGACCGAAUCAGUGAGCUGCUGGGACUGGACAAAGCUGCUCUGGACUUCAGUGAUGCUCACAAAAAGAGAAAACCCAGGAAAGACAGUUCGCUUGCUGCAGUGUUGAACUCUGUUGAUGUCAAGUACCAGAUCUGGAAGCUGGGGGUUGUGUUCACAGACAAUUCCUUCCUGUAUCUGGCCUGGUAUAUGACCAUGUCCAUUCUGGGUCACUAUAACAACUUCUUCUUUGCUGCCCAUCUACUGGACAUUGCCAUGGGUUUUAAGACACUGCGUACCAUUCUCUCCUCAGUCACACACAAUGGCAAACAGCUAGUGUUAACUGUUGGCCUAUUAGCAGUGGUGGUGUACCUCUACACAGUAGUGGCCUUCAACUUUUUCAGGAAGUUCUACAACAAGAGUGAAGAUGGAGAACUGCCAGAUAUGAAGUGUGAUGACAUGCUGACAUGUUACAUGUUCCACAUGUAUGUGGGAGUGCGAGCAGGGGGAGGAAUUGGUGACCAGAUCGAGGAUCCAGCUGGCGAUGAGUACGAAAUCUACCGGAUCAUCUUUGACAUCACUUUCUUCUUCUUUGUCAUUGUAAUCCUCCUGGCUAUCAUCCAGGGGUUAAUCAUUGAUGCUUUUGGAGAGCUGAGGGAUCAGCAGGAACAAGUGAAAGAAGACAUGGAGACCAAAUGUUUUAUCUGUGGAAUAGGUAAUGACUACUUUGACACCGUGCCACACGGCUUUGAAACGCACACUCUACAGGAGCACAACUUAGCCAACUACCUAUUCUUUCUGAUGUAUCUCAUCAACAAAGACGAAACAGAGCACACAGGCCAGGAGUCUUACGUAUGGAAAAUGUACCAGGAACGUUGUUGGGAGUUUUUCCCUGCUGGUGACUGUUUCCGGAAACAGUAUGAGGAUCAGCUCAACUGAGUCAACCUUGGAGUGACAGACUCUUAACUCUGAAAGGCCCACUGCAGCCAUCUGGCCUCUGCUUGUCCCUCAAACGUUUAUUACUUUUCUGAGGAGGCUGUAUUCUACCAAAUGAUGGGUUCCUCUCUAUGCGUCAUCUCUCCUCAAGUGGCCAGGCUCUUCAACGGGACACACCCUGCCAUUGUCAUCCAGACAGCCAGCUCCACCCCCCGACCUUCAGCACACUCUGUUCAGAAUGCUUUUGAGACCUUGUACAUAGAACACUUCAGAAAAUAUGAUGUACAAUACAUGACAGGUGGCAGGUCUAGAAUUUUUUCACUCUGAUGACUUCUGUGCUUCAUCUUAUUCUAUAUUCAAAGUAACUUGCAAAAAAUACAAAGGCUUAAUGGAUUGAGGGUAAAACAAGAAACCUAAAGAAUGUUUUACUUUUAAUAUGACCAUGUCUACGGCCUUUCAUGUUUAUAAUGCACGAUUCAUAUAGGUACAGGUGGUGGAUACAAUAAUCAAACAAGUUGACGACUUAUUCUGGUAAGAAGAACUCUGCAGCAAAUCUACACUUCAAUAAGCUUAAAGACGUGCUGACCUGAAUACGAUGGACAAUGAAAAUCGAACACAGCACCAAAGUGGAGACUUCAGAACAAUCACAAAGCUGAAUGAAGCCCCUGUGCAGUGAGGAACAGUUUCACAAACAGAGCUGCUGUGUUGAGUUGGAUUACAGUUUGGUCCAAAGUGUUUGAACAAUGACACGUUCUUCUCACUUUACUUACUUAUACCACCAUCACAGUGGAUCUCAACUCAACAAUCUAGAUCACUGAAUACUUGAUUUGCCUUCAUCUACUGCUUGUUUGUGUUCUUCUGCCUUCACUUUUCUGUGCGGUAAAUGAAAAGCAUGCUCUUUUGGGUUGAGAUCAAGUGAGAGACUUGGUCAUUGAGGAAUAUCACAUUUCUUUGGCUUAAGAAAACCUUGAGGAUAAACAUAUUUUCAAAAGCUAGCCACGUAGUAAACACCCUUUAUCAUUGUCAAUAAAAUCAAAUAAAGUACACACCAGUGGUUACACUCAAGAAGAGGAAGGCAAAAAUACACUUUGACAGAAAACAUCGAAAAGAGUCCACCUGGUUCUGUAUUAAGUUCUUUAAACAGAUGAAACCUGGGCUGACUUGUACCAGAAUGAUGGGAAGAGAAAAGUAUGGGGAACAAAAGGAACGGCUCAUGAUCCAAAACACACCAUCCAUCAGAUGUGAUACAGUGCACUGGCAUGUGGGGCUGCCAGUGGAACUGGGUAGAAACAGCAGAAUUAAUUGUGAAAUGUUCAGGGCUGUACUCUGCUCAAAUUCAGCCAAAUGCUGCAAAACUGGUUGGAAAGCAUUUGUCAGAGCAAAUUGAUAAUGACCUCACCACAAAAGAAACCCAAGAAUUUCUCAGUAUUCAAGAGAUAUUCUUCAACAGCCAAGUCAGUCCCCCGAUCUUAACCCAGCAGUUUUAUUUAUAUGCAUUUUAUUUAUUAAAUUAAAAACAUAAUGGUGAAAGACUCACAAACGUGCAGUAACUGAAGGCAGCGGAAGUAAAGGCCUAUGGCGGAUCUCAAGGGAAGAAACAUUUGGUGAUGUCUGGUACAAAAUGCUGUGCUACAAAACAAGCCAAGACAAAUAUCAUAGAUAUCAUCGCCCACCUGAGAUUGGUAAGAGGCAAAAUUGAAAAAACAAGAAGAAUAACAUUCUGUCAUUGGGCACUGGACCAGACUGUAAGUUCACUGUUGAUCAUGCUGUGUCCACACACUGUACCAUGCCAGCACUGUGUGUGAAGGGACCCUUAAUUAUAUGCUCAUGGCUUACCACAUGUUCAUCAAGUUCAUUUUGCUCCACUUAAAAAAGUCAAAGCAUGGACAAUUCAUAAUCCUCAACCAGCUUUCUGAUAUACCUAAAUAAAUACAUAGCUUAUAAAAUGAUUGAAUCCAUUACUGUCUUUGAUAAUUGAUUUAAUGCAUUUUUUGUUUGUUUUGUUAAUGUUUGUCACCGGUAUUAACAGGACAUCAGAGAUGUAUAUUUUUUCAACACUCAUGUUCACGGUGAUAAAUGCGAACAACUGCUGGUCAGUCAAUGUCAAACCCCAGAACUGGGCAGGAUUAGAAGAGCUUAACAAAUAUGUAUUGUGUCCAAAUCUUCAAUAUUUUGUUGUUGUGUAAGGAAUACGACAGGCUCGAGGCGCCACUAGCAGGGCUUUGUUUUUUUGUUUUGUUUUGUAAAAUUUCGUAACAUUUGUUAAAGCUUGUGAUUUUCUGAAAAAGCAAUAUCAAAACAAUCCAAAAUAGAAAAACAAAUAGAAAAUAUAAUAAACAAACAAUAGAGAUUUAUUUGUUUUAGAAGUUUAUGGCUGCAGAUAUAGCUGCAUGCUUGUUAGCUAAGAGGAAUAAUCAGCCAGAAUGGAGCAAUCAGAUGUGUUUCCUGCAGUACUAGAAUAGCACAACAAAGCAGUGAGGAGACAGAAAGGGGGGACGGGAGGUUGCAGUGCCUUAUCUAGCUGGGGAGGAUCUAUGAAAGCUAGACAAGAAGAGUAGCUUCAUAAUACCGUAUACAAACUGAGGAGAACAUAUGAAGCUAAGAGUACCACAGAAUAAUAUUCUAUAGAAGUAGAAGAAGAGAAGGACUUUGGAUAUCACGAAUGUUAUGGCUCAGGGGUUCUUAGGUUGACCAGAGCAGACAUGCACACAUUUCAGUUGUGCGAGCUGGGGUGUUACAAUUCCAAAAGGUGUCAUAGUUGACUGUAACUAGCCUCAAACCAGGGUACAGUAGGUUUACUUAGGGCUAGGUUACAUUUUAACCACAUUUCAUUUUGUACAACAUUCCUUCAGUAAAUCCUUUUUUUCUGUUUUACAGAACUUCUAAUUCCAUUAGUUAUCAUCAUCUUGAAGGGUUCAGUUUAAACGCUAAACAACCAUCACAGCCUAUUUAGAGUUAAGAUUAGGGGUACGGUUAGCAUUAAGUUCAUAUUUACCAGGUUGUAAAUUCAAUUGGAAUUUUCACCUAUUUAAUAUAUUCAGCUGAAGUCUAAUAAGAGAAAUGCUGAAGGUAAGAUGCAUGUAAGAGACCUAAGGUAAUGUCUUGAGAACAGUAAUGUUAUGUUUAGCAUGUAGCUAAAAUGUAACCUAACCUCACCUUUAAGUGGGCUGUAAGUAAGUUGGUGGAUGUUAAAAGGUUAAUGAAAUUAUUCGUAUUUAAUCUGUCUUUAUGAAAACACAUUUGGGGAAAUAUACAAAAUAUGUUUAAAUUGACAACAGCUUACUCAUCAGAAUACAACAGAUGUUGCUCGGUGGACCUAAUAAGACAACAGGUUGAGUGUAUGCUGCAGGUUCUGUUUAGCUAUAUAAGUGAUGCAGAAUAAAUAUAUAUUUUUUAUUGUAUAACUUCUGAUACUGCUAUACAACCAAGUUUAAAGAUCAACACUUGUCGUGGCUUUGGUUAGAAAUCAGCAGCCACGUGUUACAGUCUGUGGGCUACUAUCUUCAGUUUCUUAGGAAUUGUAAUAGUUACAUCUCACUUAACUGGCAUCAAUUAACAUUCCAUGGAACACAUUUCACAACUUUCUUGUCAAAUAAGGAAUAGUUCAUGAUAUGCAUUUUUGUGAUGUUCUUAUAUAAUAAUUACUUUUAUUGUAAACACACCUCCCUCUCAAAAAAAGUCUAAAAAAUAUUUGCAUGCUAAUGGGGAAUAUUGAGUAGAUAUAAUAAAUACACUAAAUCUCUGCUGCCCAUAAUUUAUCCAUUCAGAUUCUUUUAGUUAUUUAAGAUAAAUCAUUUAGGUGUUGUGGGAUGAGUUGUAACUCAUUAAGACAUUUUACCACAAUUGUAUUUGAAAAAAAAAAAAGACAGUAGGCCCUGCUUUUCUGUCAUUCAGCCAUCUCUGUUUGUAAAGGUUUGCUUAAGUUGGUUCUGAGGUCAAUGCAAAAGACCUUAAGGGAGUUUAAGAGACAAAUCACAUUUACCAUUUUAUAUCUCAAAGAAAGAGGUAGAACAAAUUAAAGCUUGCUUAACUUUGUCUUAGAAGUAAUUUAAGUUUUAUAUUUAUUCAGUUAUCUUUUCUUUUCAGAUAAUAAAGAAGUAAAACUGAGGUUUUGUUAAAUUUGUCUCACUCGAUCUUAAAGGUGCAACAAGUAGCAUAAUAUUUCACUGGCUCUAACCUAUAGAUUCUGUUAUCCGUCACCCUUUUAUCUCUAAAACCCCAAGCUGUCAGUAGUAGAGUGUGAGAAAGUUGAAAUGAAUAUCAGUUCAACUUGUAUAAACUGUUGAACAAAUUUAAGCUGCUGCUUGAUAAUAAAUCAGGCAGCUUAAAGUAUGAUGCAGUUUGUCAGAGAAGACAAUGUCAGGAAGCCUGUAAAUGAAACUCUAGACUUUGCUGAUGGAGACGCAUUGGUAGGAACAUGUUGUUUGUUGUUAAUGCUGUUGUGUUUAGGCUGGCACUAGAGGCCACUAAAGAGCCAUUAUUUACUGGUUUCACCUUUAAGUGAGUGCUGGUGCAUGUGUAACUGAUAACUGAUGACUUUAAGACUGAUAACACAGUGGAUGUCACAGCUGCAAUCAACCAGUGUAAGUGUCUUGAAUUGUGUUCAUUAUACCAUGCUGAUGUGAUGCCUCAUUUUUAUUUAUUUCAAUCCCUUUUCAGACUGAACAAGACCAUUACCAAGUGGCAUUUUGCUCAUGUAAAAAUAAAUAUUUUCCAUAUGUAUCAUGAAGGGGGAAUGUUUAGUUUGCCACAAAGUCUACUUCAUGUAGUAAUUAUGAGUAGGCUAUUGCUACUUCUGAGAGACAAAUGUGUAAAGAGGAAAUUGAUCUAUAAGCAAUGAUAGAUUUGCAUG